UUGAAUUUCGCCGCGGUAAAAGUUGCAGUCAGUGGUUGUGCUUUGCAGUUGUUUUGAAACAAGAAAAUGAUGGAAGAUUUUCAAGUGGAAAAUGAGGAAGAAAGCCAGGAACUGAUGCUCGCUGAUGUAGUUGUAAAGGAGGAGUAUUCCGUGGAGAAGAUUUCUAGCCCUGAAUACCAAGGAUACGCUGCUUGGGGACAGAACAUUCCAGAGAAUGUGAUGGAUAUAAAAGAGGAAUUAAAUGAAAAUGUUCAACCUCAAACACAACCUAGAAAAAAGAAACGAAAACACGGAAAGCACGGUGUAGUAAGAGUAAAGAACUAUUCCAAGGCCAUUAGCUGUACAUUCUGUGACAGAAUAUUUUUUAAGCUUAAACAAUUGAGAAAUCACUUAAAAAAGAAGCAUUUUUCUGAAGCAUUUGAAGCGGAACAGCAUCCUUACAGUAAAACAGGAAAAUCGAUUAAACCCGUUAAACCAAAAUCAUGCAAACCUAAGGUCAAGAUAGAGCCUAAAAAGUUGUCGAAGAAUUCCAUCCAUAAUCCCUAUCAAUGUGACAUUUGUUAUCAGAAAUUUUCCAAGGAAAAAGAAAUUAAUAAUCACAUUCUGGAGAAUCACGUCAUUCACUCCGAAGGUGGAAGUCAUAAAAUGGAAUAUAUUUGUCCAUUCUGUGAUCAAAGUUUUCCAAGAAAAGUCACCCUGUCUGCCCAUCUCAAAAGAAAACAUAUUAGAAUAAAGCCUAUAUCAUGCAUUCAUUGCGGCACUGAGUUCAAGUCUCAUGAGCUACUGAGUAAACACUUCCGUGUUUGCUCAAAAUUAUUUCACUGCGAAAUCUGCCAGGUGCACUUUAAUACUCUAAGGGGCCUUAAAAGGCACUGUGUAGUACACUUUAAAAAUUCUACCCCAACUGAAGACAGAAAUGGCAACGGCGAUACCGAAGAUACACUCUCAGCUACAGAAAUGCCCGAAGGACCAUCAUGUACUGUAGUCCAAGAGAAACCCCAAAGUUCUCAAGUCCAAGAGAUUCAGCAGCCUGAAGAGCCCAUGCGAGUUAUAAACGUGUACUUUGUGGAGUGCAAGCUGGAGGCAUACAUAGAGGAUAUGCAGAGAAAACAAAAUAAAAAUUAAACUUUCGAAAAUGGAAUAAUAAAUUUCGAGUUUUUAAUUGA